AUGGAUAUCUAUUCCCUCAUAAACUCUCUGCCCAAAGCAGAAGUCCAUACUCACCUCGAGAUUUCUCUCACAAUUGACAGAGUCUAUGAAAUCGCUAACAGAAACGGAAUAAUUCUGCCUCUCUCUCACGAAGACUGCCUCUAUAAAUCCUCCCACUUCAAUGACUUGCCAGAUUUUUUAUCAGUAUUGCUUACCCUCUAGAUCUGUAAGCGAGCAAAACCUUUAAAAAAAAUAAUUCCCAAAAAACCACCCUCCAGAGAAAACAAAUAAUUUUUUAAUAUAAUUUUUUUUUUUGAAAAAUACUUUGAUAUAUAAGUAAUAAUUAAAUCUCUACUUAAUUUUAAAUUUGUUUUCAAAUUAGGAAAAAUAUUUCUAAAAAAAAAACUGAUUGAGUGAAUAAAAUUUUUGGUUCAAUUGAAAUUGAGGAGGGGGAGUUACAGUCUCACAGGCCUUAAAGUUUGAGCAGGAUUUCUAUGAGCUAGCUUUAAGCUACUUUAAAAUUUCCCAUGAAAAUAACAUUGUUUAUGCUGAGCCUCAAUAUCAUUGCUUCAAUUAUACGACAUAUGGAAUCCAACCAGAAACAAUUUUAAAUGGGAUUUGGAGAGCUGUUCAAGAAGCUGAAACAACUUAUGGGAUAAAAACUAAUUUAUUAUAUGGAAUUGCCAGAGAGGCCACUAUUGAGGAUUCCUUAAAAACAAUACAUUUUGCGAAGCACCAUUCUGAGAAGUUUAAAGGGAUUGCAUUUGCGGGGAGCGAAAUGAUAAAUUCACCUAAUUCCCUCCUCCGUGAGCAAACAAAACCAUUGGAAAAAUCCCUAUUUCUUUGGUAAGAACCCCACCCUCCAUGAACGAACAAUGAGCGAAUAAUUUUUUUUACCAACGGAUGGGGAGUAAGCAUUAUAAGCCAAUUUUUGAUCUUGCCUAUAAUUUAGGACUUACUGGGCCUAAUAAUGAAUAUUUGGCAGUACAUUCAGGUGAGGAAGCUCCUCCUGACGUAAUGAUUGAUACUCUUCGUACACUUAAUGUCAGUAGAAUUGACCAUGGAGUCAGGGCUGUAGAGGAUCCGUUUCUUUUGAAAUUCUUAAGUCAAAAUCAGGUUCCUAUAGAUAUGUGCCCUAUUUCCAACAGAGCUUUAAAAGUCCUGGAUAGAUUUACCAAUACCGACUAUAUUUAUAACGAUUUUUUAAAUAGUGGAUGCUUGAUCUCUAUAAAUACUGAUGGGCCUACUUGGGGCGGAGGAGCCAUGGUAGAAAAUUAUAUUGAUUUCUGCAAUCAUAACACUGGGUUGAGUUCCGAAGAAUUAGCAAAAAAAAUAAUUGAGCUAUCAAAAAAUUCUUUUAAGUGCACGUUUUUGGAUCAAAAAAUUAAGAACGAUUAUAUAAACCAGGUAGAAAAAGCGGCAAAUGAUUAUUUUGAAAUUUAA